CAGAGCUGUCGGUUCUCCUCCCCGCUCCUCCUCCCCCCUGUGCUCCCCCUGCUCCGACAGAGACAGGCAAAAGGCGAAGGAGGAGCAACGGACCUCACAGUCAACAGACACCGGGUGUACAGCCGUCGGUCGGUCGGUCGGUAGGUAAGCUACACCGGCAGAAGCCCACACGGAGGAGGGAAGACGUCAACUAACGUAAAGAGCCGGCAGAGAGAGGAACAGUAGAGAAGGCGAGCACGGGUGGAGGGGAUAAUUGCGUUUCUUGCUGCCCUGUGGGAACAUGGGAUAUAUGACCUCAUCAUUCACCUGUGAGGCUCUCCAGUAAACAACUCCAAAUAGAAGGAUGACCGAAGCAGCUGUGGAGAGUACAGAUGUCCUCCUAAAACCCUGUGUUGUGACAUCAUGUGAUGUCAUGAGCUGCCCCUCCCCGCCGCCAUGUCCUCCCUCUUGCAAACAGAAGGAGGACCAAGACUGCCAACAUGACAAUAAGAAGCUGGAGCAGCAGAAAAGCUGUAACCAGGUGCAACCAAAGAAAACAGUUAAGGCCAAAGGAAAGUUAGUGCGGAGUAUUGCUGUCUGCGAGGAGUUCUCACCAUUUGAAGCAACCCAGGCAUCUCCAGACGCAAACAUCUCAUCUAGCUGCCAUGACAACGAGAGAACUCCCUGUAAAGAGGAAGACCAGGAGAACAGCGCCGAUCCAAAGAAACAUUCACUGUCCAAAGAGCCCAGCGUGGAGUACACCGACUCCACCGGCAUAGACCUGCACCAGUUUAUCGUCAACACCCUCAACAGCAACCCCAGAGACCGCAUGAUGCUGCUUAAACUGGAGCAGGACAUGACUGACUUUAUCAUCAGCAAUAGUCCCUUUAAGAAGUUCCCUCACAUGUCGUCCUACCACCGUAUGCUGGUCCAUCGGGUAGCGGCCUACUUUGGCAUGGAGCACAAUGUAGACCAGACAGGCAAGGCUGUCAUCAUCAACAGGACCAGCAGCACACGCAUACCAGAGCAGCGCUUUCUGGACCAGGUGCAUAAGGACAAGGCAGAAGAGCUCCACCAGUGGAAAAUUAUUCUGAAGAGAGACAACAGCUCAGAUGACCAGACCCGACUUCACCCCUUACGGGAGAAGCAAAGCAAGUCGAUGGAGGAGAGAGAGGAGGAGUACCAACGAGUACGAGAUCGAAUCUUUAGCCAAGAGGCAUCCUGCACCCAGGAGAAUGCUCAUACAGAAACCAGGGCUGCGGAGGAGAACAAUCCAUAUGCUGAGACCCAGAGGAGAAGGCAGCUCUUCAGGGGGAGCCGUGACAGCUCAGGCUCCAGCUGGACAGGCAGCAGCAGGCAGAGCAGCACUGAGACUGACUGUCGCUACAGCAACGACCCCCGACCUUGGAGCAGCACAGACUCUGAUUCCUCCUACCAAUGGACGAGUCCUGCCUCAAAGCCCUGCCAAGCUGCCAACCACAGCUGGGACACACGCGGUUCAGGCUCCAUCCCUCUUUACAGACUGACAUCCACAGAUGAGCCCGCUCCCAGCUCUGCUUACAUCGUGGAGAACGGGAUCCCACCGGGAAGCAUACUAGUGAACCCUCAUACUGGGCAGCCUUUCCUGAACCCUGAUGGAUCCCCUGCUGUGUACAACCCUCCGGACAGCCAGCAGCCAAUCAGGAGUCAGACUCAACUUCAAGGCUCCCCCUCUCAGCAGGUGGUUCAGUACUCAUCUGUCUCGUACACAGCGCCACAGAUGUUGCCUGUCACUCCCUCACAUCCAUACGCCGCAAUUGAAGAGCUCUCCUCGCAGUUUGCUCAAGUGAGCUGUCAAUCGACGUGUGAAGUCCCCCCUCUUUACCCGCCCGGUCAGGGUUACAUCUAUGCAGCCCCUCCCCCUCCCAAUCCCCCAAGCUACUGCCAGCCCUCACCUCAGUUGCCUGUGUAUUACUACGGCCAGUAUCCUACCUCAGCUCAGCAGCCGUGCAGGCCUGUCUCACCCAGCCAGCACAUCCACAGCCAAGCAGCACAGCCAGCAGCAGGUUACGCCCCUGCUGUGGGGGUGCAGCAGUCUUCACACACCCAGGCCCAGGCUGUGCUGGGGACCUACUCACCAAUGGCCUCUCAUCAGCAUCGUAGCAUGGUUCAGGGAGGUGUUUCACUGUCCUAUCCCCAAAGUAACGUUGUUGCUGGGGAGGCGGGUUACUGCUGCGUGGUGCCCUCACCCUCCCACCACGGCAGCUGCCAUCCUCCCAGCUGCACCAACCUCAGGGCCCCGGCCUGGAGCGCACAGUAUUGAUGAUGCCUCGACGGAUGGAGCGACAAUGCUCGAGUUCCUGCGUUAACUCACAUGCACACACACACACACACACUCUUAACACAAACACCUUUUUUUCACACUCCCCUCACCUACACCCGCCUUCCUCUUGGCGAUGCCCACAGGGUACGCUGUUCACACUCAUAACAAGCAUGCGCACGCACACACACACACACACACACACACACACACACACACACAACAUACACCCACUCACAUACAGAAAUGUUCAACUGUUAGAAAUGUUCCACUGUACCAAAGCUUAAUAGUAUAUAUCAGAGCUGCUUUAUUGAAUGCAUAAUUUAUAUACACAAAUGGAGUUUUAUAUUGAUAUUAAAUUAUAUAUUGUGUUCCAAGGAAAUGCACUGUGUGAAUAGAAUAAAGUGCUGUGGCUGGAUUGACGAUGUCACAUUUCUAUAUCA